AUGCAGUUUUUACUAUUGCAGGCGGUGCCAUAUCCAGCUUUGAUGAGGUGUGAUAAGCCCCGGCGAGUGGAUCUUUAUUUCUCAAGCUGGAUUAUCAAGCCCGUGCAAUCGCGUAAAGGAGAUGGACAGUUAUCUGCUUGUGAGGUAACUCUUGUUCACUAUGAGGACAUGGGAAUCCCCAAGGAUGUGGCGAAGUUGGGAGUCCGUCAUGGAUGUGGGGGACUAAUUACUACUAAGAUUUCAUGUGAAGAAAAUGAUGAAUCUUUGGCCUCUUCUGGUGAAAGGAAAGAUCAAACAGUGACUGUCCAAAGACAUGGAAAUGGUGGUGGCAUCGAUUGGAAAUGGGUAGUCAUUGGUGGUGCAGUGGCCGUGGCUUGUGGACUUCAUAAAGAAGCCAUAGGAAAGGCCUUGAUACUUGGGGCAGGCCGAAGAAUUGCUGGAAGGUGA